UCUCUCUCUCUCUCUCUCUCUCUGCGCCUCGCAACAAUCGAGCCGCCCCUCCCCUUCCUCUCGUUGUUUCUGCGGACCGACGGCGACCACCGCGCCACCGCCUAUAUACCUUCCCCCCUCCCUUCCUCCACCGCAGCCUAGCCACCACCAGCCUCCUCGUGCCGUCCCCCUCCCCAUUGGAGAGAUCCGGGUUGCUGCGCUUGCGGGGUCCGUCCGUCCGGCCUCCAACCAAUCCCCCCCGACCACCGCUCCCUUAUCUCCUAAUUAGCGCAUUUCCGUCCGUCGUCUCGCCGGGGAUUCGCGUUUCCCGAGCAGGGGAGGGCCGGCGCUUUCGGACUUCAGGAUGGCGAUUGGGGCGUCGGACGAGCUGCUGGGCACGUUCGUGCCGAUCGCCGUGUACUGGCUCUACUCGGGGAUGUACGUCGCGCUGGACGGCGUGGAGCGGCUCGACCUCUACCGCCUGCACCCCAGGGAGGAGGAGGCCGCCAAGAACGCCGUCCCCAGGUCCGCCGUCGUCUGGGGCGUCCUCGUCCAGCAGGCCUUCCAGGUCGCCGUCUCGCUCACGCUCUUCGCGGUUAUUGGUGAUGAGAGUGGUAUCGAACAGAAGCAACCUCCUGCCCUGAUGAUAGCGCUGCAAUUCGUGAUUGCAAUGUUUGUUAUGGACACAUGGCAGUACUUCAUGCACAGAUACAUGCACGUCAACAAGUUUCUGUACAAGCACAUUCAUUCCAAGCACCACACUCUUGUAGUCCCUUAUUCAUUUGGAGCUCUUUACAACCAUCCUCUUGAGGGACUUAUUCUGGACACCAUCGGUGGUGCUCUCUCAUUCCUCAUCUCUGGCAUGACUCCACGAACAUCCAUAUUCUUUUUCUCGUUUGCAACCAUCAAGACGGUGGACGAUCACUGCGGGCUGUGGCUUCCUGGUAAUGUGCUCCAUGCCUUGUUCAACAACAACAGUGCUUAUCACGACAUUCACCACCAGCUCUAUGGCAACAAAUACAACUUCUCGCAACCUUUCUUUGUCCUUUGGGACAAGAUACUCGGGACAUACAUGCCCUACUCUAUCGAGCACCGAAAAGGAGGAGGGUUCGAGUCACGGCCAGCUAAAUUAGUAGAGCAGACCAAGACUGAUUGAUUAAUACAUGCAUAGUAUCUGAUUCUUGUCCAUGUAGGUCUGAUGCUCACCGUUGUGUGGCCCCUCCUGAUUUUCUAACCUCGCAAAUGCUGUAGAAGUCUCAUCCUGGUUUUCAUAUAGUGAGAGUUUUUCUUGUUCUAUACAUUCUCUUUUGAUUUGGUUUGGGAGUUCUAUCUUGUACCAAGGUAUACCGGGUAAAAUAUUGUACUGUAUCAAAAGAAUACUCAAGAUCCACUUGGAUUUGUCUCCUCUGGAUUAGUCUGUAUUUCCAUCCGUGGUGAUGUUAACAAAGAAUGAUGAUAUAACUCUGUAUGCAAUAUCCUUCUGUGA